UGUAAUUAGCUUUCUAUUUUUGUUUAUUUCAUUAAUUUCUAAGAAAGUCUAAAAUCCCUGGCACAAAAAAGCAGUUCAUAACACAAAACUCUUUACACCGGACAUAUUUUAAUGAUUGAUUUAUACAUUCAUUGAUUUAAAGGAGUAGAUUUGAUGUAUUUAUAGAAUGGCAUUUUAACAUGACAUUGCAGAUGUGGGUAUUUGAAGUGCAUGGUGGGUAAAUGUCUCAGACUCUGUAAGUGGAUGAAGGUGUGGGCGUUGAGCACUGGCUGUUCUUCUCUCACCAUGCUGCUCUUUUCAUCUCGCACCCGUGUGGUUAGAUCAAAAACAUGCAACUGCAUUCAGAAUUACAGCAGAUUGUCAGACACAGUAGAGUCAACCGGCAAGAAGAACAGCUGCUCAGUCUGCAGUGACCUUUCUAAAUAUCUGUAGAUCUGUGUGCAACACAGAAAAACAAUGCAAUACAGAGCAACAGUGACUUUGUGGAUGAUAUAUGAAAUAUAUAAACCUGAGUGAUCAAACCUCUAUCACUUAGGAGGCUUGUUUAUGCUAGCAAUAGCACACUAAAACAUUUUCCUAUAAACUCUGAGAGUUCAUAAGCUCAGGAUAUGUCAUGACAAUCACAACAUGUAUGGAAUAAAUAAGAGUGACACAUUGCCUGGCUAUGUAUUUCCAUGGCAAUGAAACUAUAAUGAAGUAACAGAGAAGUGCACUAAGCAGUCAGUAUGGGAGGAAUGGAAUGCAUGCAUUAUGGCUCUUUGACCCCAUUUCCUGAAAGAUCAUUAAACAUAAAUGCUUUUCUAUCUAUUCUGGACAACAUCCUUACCUGAAAGCAUCAUGAAACUAAUUAGCACUGUCAAGAGCCCCUGACCACUGGGCGGCUGUAAUGCACAAUGUAAACAGAGUGGAACUUCCAAUCCACAGCAGGUGCAGGCCUAUCAUAAAGUGAUUUAUAUAGGCAAUUAAGGUCCACCCACUGGAGACGUGUAAGUUUUUACUUUCUUGUUUUGUUUCUCCUUUCAGGCCGCUUUCAGUCAAACUGCACAGGAGGCAAUUCAUUGAUUGCCUUAUUUAAUUUAAAAGUGGUACAUCAGAUAUUCUUCUAGACAUGGCUUUAUGGACACAUUGUUUGAUACUGUUAUGUUCCUGCUUUUUUGCUUCGAACAUCUCCAGGACUCACACUCGUCUCAGUCCGUGGUUCUGUAGAGUUAAGAUGUAUAUUUGAGCAGACUCUUAGGUACUGCUAUAACUCUGCUGCAUGGAAAAAGAUGAAUCUACGGACUGGAAAACUCACGACAGUGAAGACUAACUCUGAGAAUAAUGUCCUUCAGUCUGAUGGUAAAACCUGUGUUUUGACUCUCAAACAUGUAACCAAGACAGAUUCAGGCAUGUACUAUUGCAUGAGCAGUUCUAAUGAAAUGGCUGUCGUUGGCAAUGGGACCAGGGUGAUCGUAAAAGAUCAGUCUGAACCAGAACUCUCCAUCUUAUACACACCACAUGAACCUGACUCGUCAUCGGUAUCACUGCAGUGUCUCGUGACUGGACUUGUCCCGUCUCAGGUGCGUGUGUUCUGGAUGAUUGGACAGAAUAAGCGUGCUGGAUGGACCGAGUCCGGCUGGACAGACGACACUGAUUCAGCCACAGAAUUCACACGAGCUCAUCUCUCUGUUCCUGCAGAGGAGUGGAAAGAAGCCGAUGAAAUUCACUGCUUGGCUGAAUAUGAUGGAAAGAACAUCUCCAAAACUCUGAACCGAAGCGGAGCUGACCCUGCAAUCAUCUCAUGGCUUGUGUACUCUGGCUGUGUGGCAGCACUCCUGACAAUACUUCUAACUGUGAUUAUGUCUGUGGGAUUAUACAGAGAUAUGUUGAUGACCAAAAAAUCCAAACGGCUCAUGAGAAAAGAUGCCCACCGCAAAAUUUCAUAUGGCAAAAUGACCUUUCUAAGCCAAAACUGUAUGGUCUAAUGUGCAUUUAAUACACCUAAUAUUUGCAGUAAUAGCAAUAUUACAUGAAACCAUGGGAAGAAAAUAGCAAACAAACAAAUGUUUAUUUAUUUGUUCUUUAUCAGGCAAACAGAACACACUUCGAGAAGAGAGUCCAUCUGUUAUGGUAGGAGACAGAAAUGAAGAUGAUGAACAUUGAAGUGGAUCACUAAA